CAGAUGCAAGAUGGCGGCCGCUGGGGUGUAUAAACUGGACGACGGCAAAUCCACCCCGAAUAUCACCAGUUGCUUCCCCGUGAGGGGAGUUCUAGCCAGGCAGGCGGAGGAAGCAGGAGCAUGGCUGCUGGCAAAGCGAGAAGAGGACCAGAGGCGGUUUAAGGCGGUUCUGUGCGCAAAGCCGCGGGACCUGCAACAGAUCCGCACCGACCUGCGACGCACAAACACGCUCUCAGAGACACCAGGAUUUGGCAGCCGCUUCACAACGGUUUCACAGGCAGAGGACAGGAUCGGACUGCUCGAUGGAUUCUUCCUGAUGAGGGUCCACUGUGUGGAUGACCCCAGUGACCUUUGUGCCAUCAACAUCAGCGACAAGGAGCUCUUCAGGGCAAAAGAAGUGGACUUCCAGCUGUUUGACAACGUGGCCUACAUCAACGCUGGAGAGAACACCCUGCCUUUUGAAAUUUUCCGGUACUUCCCCAUUGUGCGAGAGCUGGAACUGCCUGUAAACAACAUCACAAACAUCAACGUCAACAUCGGAGACUUCCAGCAUCUAGAGGUGCUUGACCUGUCCUAUAACAGCCUGAGUGAGGACAGUAUCCUGUCCUUGGGGUUCCUCCCGAGGUUAAAGGUUCUCCACCUGACAGGGAACCAGCUCAAGUCCCUGCCGCCGGAGAUGGCACGACCCCAUAUUGAGCCUGAUGAUCUGCUGGAGGAGAACCCGGUCUGGAGGUUCGCUGCGCUGGAGAUUCUGUUCCUGGAUGACAACAAACUAACGGAACUACAAACCUUCGCAAGCCUGGCAGGACUCAAGAAGUUGAAACACCUGCACAUGGACCAUAACCAGGUGUACUCCAUCCCCCACCUGAGGGCUAUGGAAGGGGGUUUGCUGGAGUCUCCUUCCUUCCCUCCACAGUCCCGAGACUCCCGAAACCCAGCUGGCCAAACCCCCACCAAGACCCCCCAGCUCAGCAAGGAGAACGUGCUUGAUGGUACGGCUGACGUCGGCACGGGAAGAGACCCUCCUUUGCUGAAACGGUUUCUUACAGACAGACUUGGGAUCAACCUGGUCAGGUUGAAGCCUGGAGAGCUACAGAAGCCUCCGGUUGUUGUGGAACAGAAGCAGAGGAGAACCGGACCCCCACCGUCCGCAUACACCCUGUCCCUCCCCACCGCCACCGACUUGGGCACUUCCACACCACCCUCCAGCCAUAUGCCGUCCACAGGCGGGACUGUUCCACGGCCUGAGAUGGGGGGGAUUGAGCGAGCGCAGACUUUUCCCUCAAGACCACUGCCCCCCAUCUCAUCCACACAACAAGAACGGCCGAGAACAGAGCCUUCAGGAUACCCAGAGGCUGACUCGGAUGACUCGAUGCCAGGCCUGAGGAGGGCCGAUGCCUGGGAGCACCUGGAACCCCAGGACUCAGGAACGAGGGAAGGAAAGAGACAGCCAACGGACGACAGUGAACCCAUCUUCCUCACACAGAUCGAUGACCAAGGAGAGGAAGUAAAGGAAGACGCCACACAAGAAAAGAAAGUCGCCCCACCGGAGGAAAGGAGAAGAAAGAAGCACAGGAGGAGGAAAGACAAAGUCCCGGAGAAGUACAAGGGCUACGAGAUAUUACUGGACGCAGAUACAGAUGUUGGGACUAAAGUUCCCACAGACAUUAAUGGUACAGUCCGAGCCCUGGAGUAUGCGCUGAAACACCCGCUGGUGUUCCGUGAUAAGGCAGUGGACCUCAGCACUGUACAGAAGCCAUUCCAACCUGCCAGAAAGACCCGAGCCAUGCCCCCAGCCCCCACGAGAGAGAGAAGGAUUGAGAAACUGGACAGAAUGUUGGACCAGAUGAAGGACGAAAUCACAGUCAUCGAGACCAGCUUGGCCUCUGCCCUGAAGGACAAGAAGAAGUUCAAGCGAGAGUUCCCGGAGGCUGCCCAACUGUUGGGAGAAGUCCAGGCCAAGUACAACACAGUCCGUGCUCAGUCCAUGCAGGAACACAGGCGGGUACAGCAGGAAGUCAGGCAGACUGUACAGGACAUCAUGGACACCAAAGAGAAAAUCAGGCAGCUCACCACAACUGCAAAGGACGGCUAAGAAUUCUAAGGGGUCCUCGUUGUAGCAAAGGUCAUCUGUUGUUUAGAAUCUGACAUAAUUUUUUUCAGUACACAAGAUUCUUGUAUUUGCAGAUUUGUAAGGAAGGGGAAUUUCAAAAAUUAAAAACACUUUUAAAUGGACUUUUACAAUGUGAAAAUGGUUCGAAUUUUGAACAAACUUAAGCAAAAUUUCUACUAUGCAGGCCAUUACAAGAAAUACUUUGAACAAGGAAUAAUUUUUUCAUGUUUGUCAAUUCAUGUAAAAUGUUAUA